GAGAGAGAAAAAGGGAGAGAGAGAAGAGAGAGUCUCUGAGUUCUCUGAGAGUCUGACACAGUCUAUUGGCAGGCGUGGGGAAAUACCGAAGCCUGGAUUUUUCAAGCACUGGGAACAGAGCUCCAGUCGUCUGAUUUGCCCCCCUGUCACAAUGAUGCUGACUUAAUGAGGAGUAAAAAGUAACAAGAUGCUUGGAAGAUACAGAUAUUGGCAGCCUCAGCACCAUUUGUCACAAAGUCCUGAAUAACCACGUUGUUGUGAUGGGGACAGUCAGUGAGCUGUGUGCCUCCAGUUUCCAGGCAUUUCUGUGUCCGACUGUCCGACCUGCAGCACCUGCUCCAUCUACAGUGCCUGAUGACCUCAGCCCAGAGGAGAGGAAGGAGCUGGAGAGCAUCCGCCGUCGAAAGCAGGAACUACUACAAGACAUCCAAAGACUGAAAAAUGAGAUCGCAGAGGUGACCAAUGAGAUCGAAAACCUGGGCCUGACUGAAGAGAGGAAAAGCAUGCAGAGGAAUAAACAGAUGGCCAUGGGCAGAAAGAAGUUCAACAUGGACCCCAAGAAGGGGAUCCUGUUCUUGAUUGACUGCUCCCUACUGAAGAACACCUGUGAUGACAUUGCUCAGUUUCUCUACAAAGGGGAGGGGCUUAAUAAGACAGCGAUUGGUGACUACUUGGGGGAGAGAGAUGACUUCAGCAUCGAGGUUCUACACGCGUUUCUAGCCUUACAUGAGUUCACCGAUCUUAACUUGGUUCAGGCUCUCAGGCAGUUCCUGUGGAGCUUCAGGCUGCCCGGCGAAGCUCAGAAGAUCGACCGAAUGAUGGAGGCCUUCGCCCAGAGAUACUGUCACUGUAACCCUGGAGUGUUUCAGAGCACAGACACGUGUUACGUGUUGUCGUUUGCUGUGAUCAUGCUGAACACAAGUCUACACAACCCAAACGUGAAGGACAAACCUUCUGUUCAGAGAUUCACUGCGAUGAACCGAGGCAUCAACGACGGAGGGGACCUGCCCGAGGAGCUGCUCAGGAACCUGUACGACACCAUCAAGAAUGAGCCCUUUAAGAUCCCAGAGGAUGAUGGGAAUGAUCUCACACACACGUUCUUUAACCCUGACAGAGAGGGCUGGCUGCUGAAGCUUGGAGGCGGUCGAGUUAAGACCUGGAAGAGGCGUUGGUUUAUUCUUACAGAUAACUGUCUCUACUACUUUGAAUACACCACUGAUAAAGAACCCAGAGGGAUUAUCCCACUAGAAAAUCUUAGCAUCAGAGAAGUGGACGACUCUAAGAAACCAAAUUGUUUUGAGCUCUUCAUCCCAGACCAGAAGGAUCAGGUGAUCAAGGCCUGCAAGACGGAGGCAGACGGCCGUGUCGUCGAGGGCAACCACACGUUUUACAGAAUCUCUGCCCCCAGCGCAGAAGAGAAGGAGGCGUGGAUCAGCAGCAUCAAAGCUGCCAUCAGUAAAGAUCCGUUCCAUGAGAUGUUGGCGGCACGCAAAAAGAAGGUGUCCUCCCCCAACGGACUGUAGAAGCAGCC